GGACACGGAUUGGUCACUUACUGUCGGUGGACGACGACUUGUUGAUUCACAUUUCUGUAAAUAAAAGGAAUAAUAGUUAUGACCUUAAAGAUAGAGAAACGAUGAAGUUGUGUUUGCUGCUUAUCUUCUGUCAUAGUUUAUUUGCAGUGAAACAUUCACUGAAGUAUUUUGUCACUGGAUCCUCUGGAGUCCCAAACAUCCCAGAGUUCAUGGGUGUAGUGGUGUUUAAUGGCAUCCAGGCGGGUUACUGUGACAGCAACAACAUGACAUUAAAACCAAAACAGGACUGGGCGAAGAAAAUAUUACAAACCAAUCGUCAGCAGAAGGAGUGGUACAAUCACAUGUGUUUCAAGGAAGAGCCAAACUUCUUCAAAAACAUGAUUUCUAAUGUGAAGCAAUUCACCAAAAGUGAAGGUGUCCAUGUUUUACAGAGGAUAGGCGGCUGUGAACGUGAUGAAAACACUGGUGAGAUUUGUCCAGAGUGGCUGAAGACCUAUGUGGACAGUGCAAAAAGCCCCCUACAGAAAUCAGUUCUUCCCUCAGUGUCUCUCCUCCAGAAGACUCCCUCCUCUCCAGUCAGCUGCCACACUACAGGUUUCUAUCCUGACAGAGCCGUGAUGUUCUGGAGGAAAGAUGGCGAGGAGCUUCAUGAGGGUGUGGAUCCUGGAGAGAUUCUCCCCAACAGUGAUGAGACCUUCCAGAUGAGUGUUGAUCUGAAUGUUUCAUCCAUCACACCUGAAGACUGGAGAAGAUACGACUGUGUGUUUCAGCUCUCUGAUGGUGAAGACGACAUCAUCACCAGUUUGAAUAAAACAUUGAUCAGAACCAACUGGGUUGAAAACAUUACAAAAGAGAGGUCCUCACACAUGAUGAUUAUUCCUGCUGUGGUUGUUUCUGUUGUUUUCGUCGUCAUUGGAUUUGGUGUUUUCAAAAAGAAG